AUGGUAAGUUCCAUUUCCAUCAUGGCACGAAGUGCUUUCAUCAAGUGUGCGCCUUUAAAGGUGAACUGUGUGGAUUUUCAGCACAGGCUAGUUACACAAGUUGAUACCUUAAUCGAACAGCUGCAGGAACGAAAGGAGAAGCUCUUGCGUUACAUUGAAGAAGAGAGAGAAUACAAGAAACGAAUAUUCAAGGAUCAGAUUGCACGAUGCACGACGAAACUGUCGAAGACGACUGCAAUGAUACAUUUUUGCAUCGAGGUUCUGAAGGAACCCAACCCAGUAACCUAUCUGCAGGUUAGCAGUGCUUUAAUCAAUCGAGCCACAACACAGGAAUUCUUAUGGCAUAAGGAAAUGCAGACGGUGCCUGAGGCUGAUCCCGAAUUUGUGCUCAGUUUGGAUGUCAGUAGUCUGCAGUACGCCAUACAAACGCUAGAAUUUGCUCAGCUGAAAGGUAUUUAUUUAACUGUGUUUGGACUGCCGAAGAGUCUAAAAGUAAUGUGCAGGGAUAAAGCUAUUACUUUUUUGUCGAAGAAGCCGUUAACGCAGCCAGGAAUUUUUUCAAGUCAGAAAUAUUAUCAAAAAGGGCAGAAGCGUUUUUACCUUUAUGAAGUUUUCUUUUAA